AAAUCUGAAUGAAAAGGAAAAUUGCUUAUGAAAUCAAAAGGCAUCGAGUUCGAAUUCUAAUUCGAUUCUCUGAAAUAUGUGGUUAUCAUUUUCAGCCUCAAGAUUUAAAAGUUAUUCUCAGGUAAUCUUUACAUCUUCGUCCGUUUAUUCUUCGGAAUCGGAACCGGCGAACUGCCGUCCAUCGAUGGUCGAAACCUGCAUUUCUUUAAACGUUUUUUAGAGAACGAAAAAAUGCCGACGCUGGAGUAUUCGCUUGGUACCGGCACCAGUCGAUAUGAAACAAUUCGCAUAACUGGAGAUGGAAGGUGUUUGUUCCGUUCUGUGGUUCAUGGUGCGUCACUGAGAACUGGGAAGAAAUCUCCUAGUGAAAGAACCCAGAAACAACUUGCAGAUGAGCUCAGGGAUAAGGUUGCAGAUGAAUUCAUCAAGAGGAGAGCAGACACAGAAUGGUUUGUUGAGGGAGAUUUUGAAUCAUAUGUUAGGCGGAUGAGGCAGCCACAUAUUUGGGGAGGAGAACCUGAGCUGCUUAUUAGCUCACAUGUUCUAAGGAUGCCAAUCACAGUCCACAUGCAUGAGAAAAAUUCUCGCUGCCUCAAAAUCAUAGCUGAAUAUGGUCAAGAGUAUGGUAAGGAAGACCCCAUCCGAGUGCUGUAUCAUGGUUAUGGACACUAUGAUGUAUUAAGGAGUCCAAUCAAUGGUGGCUUAUCCAAACUGUGGACAAAAAGAUGACUGGCCACUGCUGCAAUAGUUGUAAUGGAAGUUCUGAAGUUGGAUAACUUCAACUGUGUAAUUGCAUUGUAAUCAGUAAUCAUGUUCAAACUCCUGAACUGUAGUCUUUCAUGAAUGUCAAAAUAUCCUGGACUCCCCCUAUCAGAGCUGAAGGUUCAAUUGCAAAUGGUGUGCUGAUGCCAUGGCAUCAUACUCUUAUCAUCUCGAUAAGGAUUGAAUGCGUUCGAAGCACGGCCACGUGAAGUCAGCUCGCGCUACUUAGAGGAAUGAAUGGGAGUAUGUUGAGUCUGUAGGCCAAGGACCUCCAAUUCAGUACUUAAUUAUCUGGCUUAUGUAACUAAAAAUAAAAAAAGUGAUUUUUA